UAAUCCUUACAAGCGCGUACCCCGUCCUGCAAGCCCGAGCUACUGGAGGACACAGCUCUCCGACAAUGGUCUUGGUUUGGAGAAUAUGGUCCCUGCAAGGUGCUUGCGUGAUUUGGCCUCCAAACUACGUUCCCGAGAUGCAAGGCGUGGCAUAUGCACGCUCAAGACCACUCCCCUUCCGAAUCUAACAUACGCGUGUCUGAACUGGGUACAGUAGCGCUCCUCCUUUCAGAGUCAAAAUUCACCACCGUGACCCUCACUCGUGCAUUUGGAUCCAGCGUUCCCUUUCUACUCAUGCAUCUCCCUCCACCUCCGCCAAUCUCUUCAGAUUCAUCCGUUGAAACUACCUUUGGAGAAGUUGGCUCUGCUUUCUGGAAUGCCGCUCUCGGUGGUGCGCAAGGUCGUCUUCGAGGAGAACUUGAUGUUCGAUGGGAACGUGACUCGGGAGGUGGUGUGCGGCCUGGGUUGUGGUAUCGUGACAAAAGAGUGCAGAACUGGACACUGGAUGCACAUAGGAGUGUAUUCACGCUUCCGAGGAUAUUAAUCGGUGACUAGGAUGGUUAUCCAUCUAUCGAUGACCCGACUCGGGAGUUGAGUGUCACGCUACCAUUGUAUAUAUGCAUACCACGUAUUCCUCUCUACUUUUGUCACACUUCCUGAAGACGCCGACUGGGCUGUAACUGCGUUUGCAUGUUCAUUUCUUUAGCGCUCGCCGACAGAUUUGGUGCAAGUGGUGGUAUGUAAGACGGAACAAACCGAGGU